CGCAGUGCAAGGUCGGAGAGCCACGCCGCUACGUCUGCUGCUGACGGCUGAGCGACCGCUGCCCGCUCUCAUGUGCUGCUGCGAGAUGGUGCUGGUGCUGGUGUUGGCCGCCAUUCUGGCGGUGUUCGUCUGGAAGAGGCUGACGGCUCCAGAAGAGGAGCCGUUCAGUCAGCGGAAGCUGGAGGACGCGUGGUGGGGGCCCGGGGAGCCCAGACAGGUGGAUGAGUCCGUCCGGCCCUUCUCCAUCGACGUCCCGGACAGCGUGAUUCAAGACUUGCACGAGAAACUAAAAUCCACGCCGAAGUUGACACCGCCAUUGGAAGGCGUCGGCUUCGAGUACGGCUUCAACUCUGAGUACCUGAAGGAGGUGGUGGAGUUCUGGCGGACGCAGUAUGACUGGAGGGAGCGCGAGAAGUUCCUGAACCAGUUCCCGCAGUUCAAGACGACGGUGAGCGGCCUGGAGCUGCACUUCAUCCAUGCAAAGCCAGCCGAGGUCCCUCAGGGCACAGUGGUGGUGCCGCUGCUACUGCUCCACGGCUGGCCGGGCUCUGUCAGGGAGUUCUACUCGCUGUUGCCGCUGCUCACCACACCCAGGAAGGGCGAGGGAUUCGUCUUCGAGGUGGUGGCCCCUUCCCUGCCCGGGUAUGGCUUCUCGCAGGGGGCGGCCAAACCCGGUUUCGGUACCGUGCAGAUGGCGGCCGUAAUGAAAAAGCUCAUGGAGCGACUGGGCCACAACAAGUUCUAUGUCCAGGGUGGAGACUGGGGGUCUGCCGUUGGGACUGCUCUGGCGAAAUACUUCCCUAGCUACAUACUGGGACUGCACGUCAACAUGUGCUCUGCAGACAGCCUGAAGGCCAGGGUCAAAGCCACGAUAGGCGGCUUCUGGCCGACGCUGUUCGUGGAGCGCCGGUACGCGCGCAAGGCCUUCCCCUACUGGAAGAACUUCUUCAACCUGGUACUGCAGGAGAUGGGCUACAUGCACCUGCAGGCUUCCAAACCGGACACCAUAGGGAUUGCACUGCAGACUACACCUGUUGGCUUGGCCGCCUACAUCCUGGAGAAGUUCUCCACCUGGACCGACCCGUCUUGGAAGACUCUGCCCGACGGAGGUCUAACCAAAAAGUACGAACUGGCGGACCUCCUGGAUAACGUCAUGAUCUACUGGGUCACCGGCUCCAUCACCACCUCCGUCAGACUCUACUCUGAAGCUUUCAGCAAGGCAGCAAAAGUCGGCCGCAAGAGAGUCAUCGAGAAGUACCCGCCGACAGCGGUGGCGCAGUUCGAGAACGACCUGGUGUUCACCCCUGAGUCCAUGGCCCGCGACGCACACCCGGGGCUGGUGCGCUACAACGUCUGCAGGGGGGGACACUUUGCCGCCUUCGAGGAGCCCAAAGUGCUGGCCGACGACGUGUGGGACUUCGUCAAGUCUAUACGAGCGUAAAUGUGUGUGUCAGAGAGAGAGAGAGAGAGAGAGAGAGAGAGAGAGAGAGAGAGAGAGAGAAUAGUACACAUACUCACCAGAAUUAAAUGUUAGCGUGUGUGCGUUGCACUGAAGACAAAUUU